GCGGAGGAGGGGCCGCGGCGGGCGGGCGGGCGGACGCGGUGGGCGGGCGCAGAGAAAGUGAAGAUUCCGGCGCAUGGCACCCACCGCCCAGUUGCCGCGGUGGCUGCCGGGAUGCGCCGCAGCGAAUGGUCGCGCCGGGCGCCGCUCUGAGUGACCUUUCACCCGCGCCCAGCGCCGGGCGGCGGCACAAGACGGAAGCCAUGGCGGAGGCGGCGGCUGCAGCGGGAGAGACAGGUGCGAGCUCCGGCUCUGCGGCGGCCCGGGACCCGGACCGGGCCCGCGCUGGGCGGAGGCUGCGCGUUCUCUCGGGCCAUCUACUGGGCCGGCCCCAGGAGUCUCUGAGUACCAAUGAGUGCAAGGCGCGGAGAUCCGCGUCGGUGGCCACGGUGGCGCCCACGGCCGCUCCCGUCGCGCCGGAGUCGGGACUCAUCCCCAAGAAGCGGCAAGAAGUCAUGAAAUGGAAUGGAUGGGGAUAUAAUGAUUCCAGGUUCUUCUUAAAUAAAAAGGGCCAAGUUGAGUUGACUGGGAAAAGGUACCCUCUUAGUGGUAUGGUUUUACCAACUCUUAAAGAUUGGAUCCAGAAUACCUUUGGAGCAAGUCUGGACCAUAAAACUACCUCUAAAGCAUCCUUAAAUCCUAGUGAUACACCUCCUUCUAUUGUAAAUGAAGAUUUUCUUCAUGAACUUAAAGAAACUAAUAUUUCAUACUCACAAGAGGCAGAUGAUCGAGUAUUUAGAGCUCAUGGUCAUUGUCUUCAUGAGAUAUUUUUGCUCAGGGAAGGAAUGUUUCAGAGAAUUCCCGAUAUAGUUUUAUGGCCAACUUGUCAUGAUGAUGUAGUUAAGAUUGUGAAUCUAGCAUGCAAAUACAACCUUUGUAUCAUACCAAUUGGGGGAGGAACAAGUGUUUCAUAUGGCCUAAUGUGUCCUGCGGAUGAGACAAGAACAAUAAUUUCUUUGGAUACUUCACAAAUGAAUCGAAUUCUUUGGGUUGAUGAGAAUAAUCUGACAGCUCAUGUAGAGGCUGGUAUAACAGGACAAGAGUUGGAAAGACAGCUUAAAGAAAGUGGUUAUUGUACAGGUCAUGAACCAGAUUCCCUGGAAUUCAGUACUGUGGGAGGAUGGAUAUCUACUCGGGCAUCAGGCAUGAAGAAGAACAUCUAUGGCAAUAUUGAGGAUCUGGUGGUUCAUAUGAAAGUGGUAACACCUAGAGGAGUGAUAGAAAAAAGUUGUCAAGGACCUCGGAUGUCAACAGGCCCUGAUAUCCAUCACUUCAUCAUGGGAUCUGAAGGAACUCUUGGUGUAAUAACAGAAGCUACAAUAAAAAUCAGACCAACCCCUGAAUACCAAAAGUAUGGCUCGGUAGCUUUCCCUAAUUUUGAACAAGGAGUAGCCUGUUUAAGAGAAAUUGCAAAACAGAGAUGUGCUCCCGCAUCUAUCCGCCUCAUGGACAACCAGCAGUUUCAGUUUGGUCAUGCUCUUAAACCUCAGGUUUCCUCUAUUUUUACAUCAUUUUUGGAUGGAUUAAAAAAGUUCUAUAUUACAAAAUUUAAGGGAUUUGAUCCAAAUCAGCUAAGUGUAGCCACAUUAUUGUUUGAGGGGGACCGCGAGAAGGUUCUUCAACAUGAAAAACAAGUAUAUGAUAUUGCUGCAAAAUUUGGUGGAUUAGCAGCUGGGGAAGAUAAUGGACAGAGAGGUUAUUUGCUGACCUAUGUCAUUGCAUACAUGCGAGACUUGGGUUUGGAGUACUACAUAAUAGGAGAAUCUUUUGAGACUUCUGCUCCUUGGGACAGGGUUGUAGAUCUCUGUAGAAAUGUAAAAGAAAGAAUAAGAAGGGAAUGCAAAGAGAAAGGUGUUCAGUUUGCUCCUCUUUCUACAUGCAGGGUGACGCAGACUUAUGAUGCAGGUGCAUGUAUCUACUUCUAUUUUGCCUUCAACUACAGGGGAAUUAGUGACCCACUGGCUGUGUUUGAGCAAACUGAGGCAGCUGCUAGAGACGAAAUCCUUGCGAAUGGAGGGAGCCUGUCACAUCACCAUGGAGUGGGCAAGUUACGGAAGCAGUGGCUGAAAGAAAGCAUCUCUGAUGUCGGCUUUGGGAUGCUGAAGUCCGUCAAGGAAUAUGUGGAUCCCAGUAACAUCUUUGGAAACAGAAACCUUUUAUAAUCUAUUAGUAUCAUUAUGAAAAAUGUCACUUUUUCUUUUUAAGUUUUCAACAGUGGUUAUACCAGUAAUCAAAUAUAUCAUAGACUAUAUUUUGACCCUUUUGUUUGUUGGUUUAAAAUAAGUUUGUUUUCAUUCUGUUUUCUCAUCUAUGGAUCGACAGAUGGUAUUCCUACAUCUCUCUCAUUGUAGGUUUAUCAGUUUACAGCCAACGAUUGUCAUUUCAAAUCUUAGCACAAGUCUGCCAGUUAUUUCUGAGAGAGAUGCUACCAGCUGUUUUAUAUUGAUGCUUCCUCUUUGGAAACAGGCAGAUUUGGGUAUCAUCUAUUGCUUAUCUAGCCUUUUUUUAAAAGACUAUUUCUGGGAAGCAGAUAUCUAGAGAGAGUCCACUUAGGGUGAUACAUGUAUAUGUUUUCUAAGAGAUACUCUACUGUGAGUAGGCCAUUAAGGGAGUAUAUUCAUGAACGAAUAUAGGCAGGCUGUUAUUGGAAUGCCUUUAGUUCGUAAGGUGCUUGGCCUACAGUUUUCUUCAAAAUUAGUAUACAGUUGUAAAACUUUUAAUUACCAGUAUACAGUUAUUCUGUGAGGGGACACAUUUUUGUUCUCCAUGUUUCUGUUUGUACUGAGGUAUGAGUUGUGUUUGUAUCACUGAAGAAACCUAUUGUUAUAUCCUAGAUCAUUCAUAAUAUGUUUUAUAAGAAAAGCUGACACCACUCAUUGUAUGUGAAAGACAGGUUUACCAUAAAAUGAAUGUCUUUAUCCAACCCAGAGUCCUGUUUCUGCUGUUGCAUGCCUGUGACUGAGCUGCAGAAGAAGCUGCAGCAGGAUCAGAAGGAAGACUCCUAACCCUAAUGUCUCCCCCUGAAAGAAUUGUUUGGCUAAAAAGCAGUCAUUGUUCAGCUAUUGAAUUUCAAACCCUCAACAGUUUCAGUGACAAAAUUUUUUUAUUAACCCAACAGCAUGAUAAAUUUUCAUAUAAAAGUAAAGUUUGAAUUUAGUUCCUAAUGGAUUAAUACCUUUUUUGAAUUACUGGUUUAACCUUGAUUUUAAAAGAAAUGUAUUAAUGCAUAUACCAUAAUCAAAAGUUUGAAAUAUCCUGUUUCUUAGUACAAAGAGCAUUAAUCACACUUAGAAAACAUUUUUACAUUCAAACCUGGCUAUUAAAAUAAGUGAAAUAAUUAGUUUAAAUUACUAUCUGUCAAGGUUCAUGAUUCACUUUUUGAGAUGGAUUCUUUUCUUAAUAAAAUACCUAACUUUUGAUAAUUUUUUAAAAUUAAUGUUUAAUCAGAUAUUAUGUCAAAAUGCAGACGAUCUUUUAAAAGGACACACUGUCUGCCUAUGUAGCAACAGCUCCAAGGUAUUUUUGGGCAGUUUGAUACCUUUUAUAUUUGAAAUAGCCUUAACCAGAAAAGUGAAAAUUUAAAAUUGACAAAAAGGUAUUUUUAAGACUUCAAAAUAAUAAUUUUUAACUAUUAAAAUUGACCUCAGACUAACAAACUUAAAUCUGUAAGCAAAUCAAAAUUACUAGUUUAACAACAAAAACUAAAUAUUUAUUUUUUAGAAGCUGCCUCUCUUCAUUGAUGAUUUAUUUUUAAUUAUAAAAUUUCCAGCGGAUCUUUUCUUAAAGCCCUUGAGGAUUUGAAAUAGUUGGACACUUGAUGAGAUUACCUCUAGAAUUAUAAGAUUAUCAGCUUUAUAAAAUGCAUCUAUUCAUGAAGUUGAUUUCUCUAAUUGGUGAUCAAAAUGUAAAAAUUAGUAAGGUACUAAUAUCUCACUGGAAGUGUAUACAUGUUUCUGAAUAAUUUUUUAAUAAAACAUUCAUAAGCAGAUUCAUUCCUUUUCAUGUGAUUGUUAUAACAUUCUUUCCCAGGGAGUUUAGAUGACAACCUCAGAAAUCUAUACUUGAUAUUAGGAAUCUAUAAAUGUAACACUUGAAAUUAUUACAAUCACUGUUCUACAUGAACCUUAUGGAAACUAGUGAUUUAUGCGGUUUUUUUCCAUGUAUACACAACUCUCCAACCUUGGUUUUAUAAUGGUGACUACAUUUUGUAGUGAGAAUCAUUUCUACAGAGAUCAUUUUGAAACUCAAGAACGUUCAUCAGUACUGUUUCAUUCUAAUUUAGAAAAUCAGAAAGCCUUCACCCACUUUAACCCACCCACCUCUGAGAGGAACCUUGGUAUAGACUUAGUGUCUGUAGAGGACUGAGUUCAUGAAUAUGCACAAAAGCACUUAAACCAUGCCUCUCAUGCCUGAAGUAUCUAAAAAUGGCUUCAUAAGAGUCAAAGUUAGGAGAACAUUGUUUAUAUGAGGCUUCUUAAUUCAUUUUUAAUGUUUAUUUAAAGAUUUAAAAGUCUGUAGCCUAUUUAGUUUUCAGUACUGGAUAAUAGUGUCUUCUCUUUCUUGAGUUGUCAUAUUUGUGAUAUUUUACUUAAAUUCAAUGAUAUCAUUUGGGCUGGGGCUUCAUUGGGAAUGGGAACUUGCAGCUGGUAGAAGCAGCAUUGAAUACUAAAGAAUAUGAACGGGCUUUAUUGAUCCUUAGAGAAACUGCUGCCUUAAUGUUUGGUGCAAUUUAUUGUAGUGCAUAAGUAUUUAGUCCUAUGCUAGUAACUUGAACUUUUUUUGUUUUGUGAGAACUGGAAGCCACGUGCUUAUUAUCCCCAGUAUUUUGCCAGAGAAGAGAAUUAAAUUCUUUCCUCCUCUGAAAAUUUGGGAGUUUUCUUCCUAAAGUGCUUACAUAUUACAGCACCAUUACUCUGAAGUUAUUUACGAAGCUGGAAGCUUUCUAGUGUGCAUAGCUGUGUUGAGGUAUAUUUUGGAAAAUAAAAGUGCAAUAAAGGAUGAGCUGCCAUCAGAGUGUGUAUUAUACCAGGUACAGAUGGUUGCAAAGAAACCUUUUUUUCAGAAUAUUGUGUUAGCAACUCUUAGAUUGCAUUUUUGAAAAUACUUUUUUGCAUGUUGGCCCCAGAUGUUUUCCCUUGUUAAACUCUUUCAUGGCUACAACUUCUUAACUAGCUGAUUAAAAGUCCUAAGUUGAAGUGUGUUUCCUCAGGUCUUCAAAUGCAGCUGGGUUUGGCUGAACUUCUACUCCAUAUUAAUGUUAGAACUCAGUUGUUUACUGUGGGUUGAUUUACACAUUGUGUAUGGUAGCACUGGAGGCAGCCAAAGGGAAUGUUGUGGAAAGCAUAUCUAUAUCUUAACAAACACCGAGACAGAAGUUAAUGAGAGCUUUAGUAGCUUUUUGUUUACCUCUUACUCUUUAGGAACUUUGAUUUUCAUUAUUACAAGUGCCAGGUUAGGAUUGAAGAAUUUUGAGUGGUCCUACUUUGGCUUUAUGAGUUAUAAAAGUUGGAUUUUUGCUUGUCUUUAUGUUCCUAAAUGAGCCAUAUGUCAACAUAUUUGUUUAAUUCUUACUAAUUUUACUUUCCUGUGGGGGGGGGGCACUGACCCUGAAAUCCAGAAUGUGUAAAAGGUUUACUUAAACUGUUGAAAUAGUAUCUUAUAUGAAGGAUGUAAGUUACUCAGCUUUCUGUUCCCUAAGCCAAAUAGUGUUUGUCUUCAGUAUGAAAUUUAACUGUAAAAACUGCUUGUAUAAAUGUCAAGAGAUUAUAGAAACAUUAUUAAUAAAAUGGACCUGGGUCUAAGAAAUUUUUUUCUUCAAAGGGAGUGUGAAGCAGUUUUUUAUUCUGUUUGCAUAUUGGCUUUUCUUUCAACCUUAGUUUUGGCUCUUUAUAUUGCUACUGAUUUGAAAAACAAAAUUGAUUCUUUAUAGCCUUAUUGAUACAGUAUAAUCUGUGUCCAAAUUCCUUUGGAUCCAUAGUUGAGCAUAUUAUUACCUAGGUUGUAUCAAUCUCUAAUUACAUUUUAUAUCAAUGUUAAAUUCCCAGGUGCUUAGUCUUCCAUGAUUCUGAAGCUUGUCCUUUUUAAACCUUGGAAGUUCCUCAAAGAAUAAACAGCCUCAUGCUUUUCUAACCACAGCAAUUAAUUCCUUAACAAAGGAGGGUGGGACCAUGAUUAUAUACCGCACUCAAGCCAAAAAACCAUGACAAAAUUCAGUAACUUUAGUUCUGUGAACAUGAAAAGAUUUCUCUUUUGGUUCCCAAAGGAAAUUAUUUUAUAUUCUUUCACAAAGUGAAAAUAAUACAUUAAGUAUUGCCAAGAACAUUCUUCAGAUACUGUGAAUUACCAUUCUGAGAGAAGGAAAAAAAUGUUUUAGUAUAAUUUCUAAGUAAGAUACAUGUUUUUAAGGCACAUUGUUAGCAAUGUUUUUCAUGAGCACCACAAGGGCCCUAUGAAACAUACUUAAAUUAACCUUAUUUAAAUAUCUAAAAGGACAUGAUAUGCUUGUGCUAUAAAUAUUUAUUGUUCUACUUAAACAGUAUCCCCAAAAGCUCACAGUGCCUUGUUGAGAUUCCUCCCACUCCCAUAAAACAGACAUUUAAAAUAAGUGGGACGGAGUAGGUCUUUAAAGACAAGUUGUUUGGGGCCAGGGAUUUGGACCUGCCUUGCAGGUGCAAGGUCCUGAGUUCGAUCCCCAGUACCAAAAAAAAAACAAAAAAAAAAACCAAAGGUUUUGCAGUUCAAGGCUCUGCCUGUUCAGGAACAUGUCAGGAAUAAAGUAGUUGUAUGUAGACAUACUGAGAAUCCUUUCCACAGUGUUGGUUUGGAUUACAUAGCAUAUUUAGUUGAGUGUAUGGUGGACCUGUACUCUCACAUACUUGUCAUCAGUCAGUGGGAUUUGUAUCUGCUUUCAUUUGUACAUUUUCAUCCGUACUGUCCAACACUGUGGCCCUAUGAUGUGGCUUGGCAGAUGUGUCAUACUCACUGAGCCUUGAGACACUCCCACCAUGCGAUUGGAUAUUUGCUUACAGCUCCCUAGGAGCAGGGCCUGGAAAGGGGGUUUCUGUUCCUUAUGUUGCAGUCAGCCCUUCUUUUGUGUGAUGGUGCCUUAAGAAUAAAUAAUGCAUUUCUGUUCCUGGGCAGUGAUAAAUCUUACAAGAAAUAUGUGUAAGUUAAUAUCAUUUUUGUUGGUUUUUGUUUUUGUUUUUGUUUUUGCUAAGCCUGUGAAAUACUUUGGCUUUGAUACGACUUGACUUAAAUAGUCUUCUCUUAAGUCUUCCUCCAAGGCAGUGUGUAUUCCUGCCAAUAUUGUAGUAAUCUUUUGGGAACUACAUGUGGGUGAGCACUUGUAUGUAAGCCAUUAUACUGCUGUAACUAAUGCAUACAGACAGUCCUCUAUACAUUUAUAGUCUAAAAGUGGAUAUGUAGUGAGAAGGAAAAUUCCUGAGAGAUUCCAGCUUAGCUUUGUUAAUUCAAACUGAGCCAUACUGCUUUCCACAAGGGCUCAAACUCAUAGUCUAUAUACUGUGUUUCCAGUGUAUGUUUCCAUUCUCCUUUUACUGGUUUUCUUAGACUGUACUAUUCUAUAAGCAAAUGCCCCUGUGUGAUUUUUUUUUAAAGAUGGGAACAAAUAAAUAAUAUCAAAACUGU